ACAGUAGGGGAGAGAGCAGACGAGCACAGUUGGCUUUGCCAGCGAGAAGACUCGAUAAGUACAAUCUGCUAGGGCGGGCUAUCCUAUCUUACCUUUGUCUAGCUGUGUCCUAGCGUAUCCUUAAAUAUUUGUCUUUCUCGCACUCUAAGGAUUUGUAUCGAGGGAUGUCAAAGCGAGUACGAAGCAGAGAGGUCUGCGCUGAUUGCAGUGCUCCGGAGCCACGCUGGGCCUCCGUUAACAGGGGUGUGUUGAUUUGCGAUGAGUGCUGCAGCAUCCAUCGAGGUCUGGGGCGACACAGCUCUCAAGUCCGGCAUCUGACUCAUUCUCCAUGGCCAUCCUCCCAGUUACAGAUGGUCCAGACACUGUAUGGCAAUGGAGCUAAUUCCAUAUGGGAGCAUAGCCUUCUGGACCCUUCCUCUUCAGUGAGUGGGAAGCGCAAAGCCAACCCCCAGGACAGAGUUCAUCCCAACAAGACCGAGUUCAUUAAGGCCAAAUACCAGAUGUUGGCGUAUGUCCAUCGGAUGCCUUGUCGGGAGGAUGACAGUGUAACCGCAAAAGACCUCAGCAAGCAACUCCAUUCCAGUGUUCGGACUGGAAACCUGGAGACCUGCCUAAGACUCUUAUCUUUGGGAGCACAGGCCAUCUUCUUCCAUCCAGAGAAAGGGAACACCCCUCUACACAUAGCAGCAAAAGCAGGACAGAUGUUACAAGCAGAACUGUUGGCGGUAUAUGGAGCUGAUCCCGGGGCUCUGGACUCCAGUGGAAAGACCCCCAUCGAUUAUGCAAGACAAGCUGGGCAUCAGGAGCUGGCAGAGAGGCUAGUGGAGAUACAGUAUGAACUCACUGACCGGUUAACAUUUUACCUAUGUGGUAGAAGACCAGAUCAUAGAAAUGGGCAACACUUCAUCAUUCCACAGAUGGCAGACAGCCUGGAUUUGUCAGAGUUUGCAAAAGCGGCAAAAAAGAAGCUCCAGUCGCUAAGUAACCAUCAGUUUGAAGAACUUGCCAUGGAUGUUUAUGAUGAAGUUGACAGAAGAGAAACAGAUGCAGUGUGGUUGGCCACCCAGAACCAUAGCACACUUGUAACAGACACCACAGUUGUGCCUUUUCUGCCAGUCAAUCCAGAGUAUUCAUCUACCAGAAACCAGGGUCGUCAGAAAUUGGCAAGGUUUAGUGCUCAUGAAUUUGCCACCCUGGUCAUUGAUAUACUAACGGAUGCUAAACGACGGCAGUGGGGUAAUUCCUGUGAAAGUCCCAAAGAGAAUGUGGAGCUGAUCCUUCAGGGAAUAGACAGUCGCCAUAACAGUGAGAGCCAGGACAAUGACCAGCCCGAUUAUGACAGUGUGGCAUCAGAUGAAGAUCCGGUGCAAGAGGCCACCUGUGGGGACAGCUGCAAUGACAGAAGGACCAAGAGCUCGGAGUCAUCUGACCUCUCUGAUGGACCAAUCACAGUGCAGGAAUUUAUGGAGGUGAAGAGCGCCCUCACCGCAUCAGAAGCUAAAAUACAGCAGCUUCUUAAAGUCAACUGUCACCUUAGUGAAGAGCUGCGGUUGAUGCAGGGCAAGCUCAACACCCUGCAGACUGAAAAUACAACACUGCGGUGGCAGACCCCCAGCGGACAACACCACCAGCAGGGGCCCUUUGGUCGACACCCACCCCGCGGAGGUCGUGCCAUGUCCAUGUAUGAGACGGGCUCUGCUCCGAGGCAGUACCUCCACCGAGUCGAAACAGCUCGGCAUGAGGAUGGAGUCAUUUUACAACCCUUCCCAAGCAAUAUUGGGAGGGGUCCAUUGGGGACGGCUGCUUCCUCCCUUCCUACCUUCCCCUCUUCCCUGUCCUGGUCGUGGGAUGAGAGAUCUCGAAGGGGCUGUAGUCUGGAAGGACAGAGUAUCAUGCUGGAGAAUGAUUAUGACACCACGCCCAACCACUCUGAACUGGAGGAGACUAGCAGCCCUCUUACAGCCUCUGAAGCAGUGGAGCCAGGGGAGGAGGGGGAGGAAGAUGCCACCCUGCCAUGCACAGAGGACGUCAUCUGUAAGACUGAGCAGAUCACUAAGAACAUACAGGAGCUUCUGAGAGCUGCCCAGGAGACCAAACAUGAAAGCUUCCUACCUUGUUCAGAAAAGAUCUGCAUGGCUGUGUCAGAGAUGGCUGCCCUGUUUCCCAAGAGGCCGUCCUCAGAGACUGUGCGAGGUUCUCUGUGUCUGCUCACUUCGAGCGCCAGCCGGCUCCAUGGAGAGUGCCAGAAGGCCGCAGAGCACAGCCCCUGCCCAUCGGACAUCCAGCUGGUCACUCAGCAGGUCAUCCAGUGCGCCUAUGACAUUGCCAAAGCUGCCAAGCAACUUGUCACUGUGACAACCAAAGAAAACAGCAACUAACUAAAACACAGACAUUCCUCAUACACCCAAAAUACAGUUCAUCAGUGAUGUUGCUCACUACAGCGUAAUCAGUGUUAGUGCCAUUUUUUUGUUUUCUGUAUGUGUGUGUGUGUGUGUGUGUGU